AUGUGUGACCAACAGAAGCAGGUACAGUUCCCUCCAUCUUGUGUGAAAGGCUCAGGAAUUGCAGCCGCUCAAUCCGUCAAAUGUACAUCUGUGAAAUGCCCGGCUCCAUGUGAGACUCAAACUGCUGUGAAGUGCCCUGCGCCGUGUCCAACUCAGACCUACGUGAAAUGCCAAGUGCCUUGUCAGACUCAAACGUAUGUGCAGUGCCCAGCUCCCUGCCAGCCUCAAACCUGUGUGAAAUAUGUAACUCCUUGUCAGACGUAUGUCAAGUGCCCAACUCCGUGCCAGACAACCUAUACAUAUGUCAAGUGCCCAACUCCAUGCCAGACAUAUGUCAAGUGCCCAACUCCGUGUCAGACGACCUAUGUGAAAUGCCCAGCUCCCUGCCAGACACAGACCUGCUAUGUGCAGAAUCCUUGUCAGACCUACUAUGCACAGGCUCCUGCAAGUACCUCUGUUUCCCAGGGCUGUGCCGCUGACCCUUGCUCUGCUCCCUGUUCCACCAGCUAUUGCUGUCUAGCUCCCAGAACCUUUGGGGUGAGUCCCCUGAGACGCUGGGUCCAAAGACCUCAGAGUUGCGGUUCUGGAUCAUCUGGCUGUUGUACCACUUCUGGAUGCUGUAGUUCUGGCGGCUGUGGCUCUGGAGGUUGUACCUCCGGGUGCUGCAGCUCUGGUUGCUGUAGUUCUGGGUGCUGUGGCUCUGGAUGCUGUUGUCUGGGAAUCAUUCCCAUGCGAUCCCGGGGUCCCGCAUGCUGCUGUCAUGAUGAGGAUGACUGCUGCUGCUAA